AUCACCAAACGAGAUCCAAACACACACACACCCAUCCCUUCUUCUGCAAAACACUCAAACACCACACCAAAAUUUGCAGACAGAAAGUAAACAAACACUAUACGCUAUUGAUUGCAAAAUGCAAGAUCCAAACCCUAACCACCAAAACGGACCUUCGUCGUUUCCGUUACGACCUUCACAUCACCGGCGAGCACACUCCGAGAUGAACUUCCGGCUACCGGACGAUCUAGAUCUGACGUCAGAUCCAUACGACGCACCGUCAGAAAGCUUCGAAGAGUUAGGAUCUGAAGAAGAUCAACUGUUCUCUACUUACAUGGACAUUGAGAAGCUCGGAUCCGGCGGCAUUUUGGAUAACGGUCGGAUCGGAAAUGCCGGAGGUAUUGGCGGACCGUCGGAGGAUGAAACCGGUGACGGAGAAAAGAGCGGCGGAAGUAGACCUAGACAUCGGCAUAGUAAUUCGGUUGAUAGUUCGAGUUUUUUGAGUGAAAGUAUUGAAGCGAAGAAGGCUAUGGCUCCUGAAAAGCUUGCUGAAUUGUGGACGCUAGAUCCGAAGCGAGCUAAGAGGAUAUUGGCAAAUAGGCAAUCUGCGGCCCGUUCUAAAGAGAGGAAGGCUCGUUAUAUGUCUGAGCUUGAGCGAAAGGUUCAGACCUUGCAAACAGAAGCAACCACCCUUUCAGCACAAUUAACUCUUUUUCAGAGAGAUACAACUGGCUUGUCAUCUGAAAACACUGAGCUCAAGCUUCGAUUACAAGCUAUGGAACAACAAGCUCAGUUACGCGAUGCCCUAAAUGAGGCGCUGAAGCAAGAAGUCGAAAGGCUGAGAAUGGCAACCGGCGAAGUAGCAAGCUGUUCAGACGGUUACAAUUUAGGAAUGCACCAUGUUCCAUAUAACCAAUCAAACUUCUUCACAAACCAUCAACAACAAGAGGCGCAACAGUACCACCACCUCCACCAGUCCAACAUGUCAAACCACCACCACAAUCUACUUGCAGCCGCCCACUCUCAGGCUUUUUCUGAAACACUCCAACAGGAUCCACUUGGCCACUUUCAGGGGCUCGGUAUCAGCAGUAGAGGCAAUCCUCAUAUUGUCAAAUCCGAAGGCCCUUCAAUUGCCGCCAGUAAAAGCGGCAGUACAUUUUGAUUUACGUUGUUUUUCCUCGUAUUGUGUUCAACCAAAUUCUUUAAAAUUGUUCAUAGACUAACACCUUGUUAGUAACCGUAACACUGUUUUUUUUUUUCAAAAUUAUUUAUUUUUAUAUUGCCCGUGAUGGGAUCCAACAUUGUUCUUUAUUGUUGUUAUGGUAGUGAUUGGGUUUAUUGUGAGAUUUUUAUUA